AUGCUAGGGGGAUACCAAGGCUACCGUACAAAGACUCCUGAGAAUGGGUAACAUGGCAGCCAACUGAGGCCACCUGGCAGGAACUUAGGCAACCCUGGCUACCACCAUUUCCAUGGAGGCCCUGAGCUGCUGCUUCUUUCUCCACCUGCUUGAUCACAGCAGCACCCCUCAGCCUGUGCUCAGAGGCAAACAUUUAUCAGUCAUCUGUGUUUCACAGGAAGCACCAGUUCAGCCGACUGUAGGCGACAAAAUGGCAUAAUCAUGCUCUGCCGACCGACAUCCUCCUGCCUGCGUUCCUUCCUAGUCUCACCAGAAGCCAUUGGUGGUUCUGUGCUCGCCUGCGUUCUCUUAAGCAUCCCAUCCCUAGCUCACUAGUCACCAUGGCAGCCUUGAUCGCGGAAAACUUCCGCUUCCUGUCUCUCUUCUUCAAGAGCAAGGAUGUGAUGAUUUUCAAUGGGCUGGUGGCCCUGGGCACAGUGGGCAGCCAGGAGCUGUUCUCUGUGGUGGCUUUCCACUGCCCCUGCUCGCCUGCCCGGAACUACCUGUAUGGGCUGACAGCCAUUGGUGUGCCUGCUCUCGCACUCUUCCUCAUCGGAGUCAUCCUCAACAACCACACCUGGAACCUAGUUGCCGAGUGCCAGUAUCGGAGGGCCAAGAACUGCUCCGCUGCGCCCAACUUCCUCCUCCUGAGCUCCAUCUUGGGCCGUGCUGCCGUGGCUCCUGUCACUUGGUCCGUCAUCUCCCUGCUUCGAGGGGAGGCCUACGUCUGUGCUCUCAGUGAGUUUGUGGAUCCCUCCUCGCUUACAGCUGGAGACGAAGGCUUCCCCCUAGCUCAUGCCGCAGAGAUCCUAGCCAGGUUCCCUUGUGGAGAGGGCCCUGCCAACCUGUCGGGCUUCCGAGAGGAGGUCAGCCGCAGGCUCAAGUACGAGUCUCAGCUCUUUGGAUGGCUGCUCAUUGGUGUGGUGGCCAUCCUGGUGUUCCUGACCAAGUGCCUCAAACACUACUGCUCGCCACUCAGCUACCGCCAAGAGGCCUACUGGGCACAGUACCGCACCAACGAGGACCAGCUGUUCCAGCGCACAGCCGAGGUGCACUCGAGGGUGCUGGCUGCCAACAACGUGCGACGCUUCUUUGGUUUUGUGGCCCUCAACAAAGAUGAUGAAGAGCUGGUCACCAAGUUCCCGGUGGAAGGCACACAGCCACGCCCACAGUGGAAUGCUAUUACUGGGGUCUAUUUGUACCGUGAGAACCAAGGCCUCCCGCUCUAUAGCCGUCUGCACAAGUGGGCCCAGGGCCUGACGGGUAAUGGCACAGCCCCUGACAAUGUGGAGAUGGCGCUGCUCACCCCUUAAGAGCCUGCUUCUUCGCUCUUUUCACAAGUGGAACUGCUUAAUCCCAAAGUAACCCCCAUGGCAUGCUUACCUCGGCAUUAGGUCAUUUUUCUCAGGCAUAGACCAAGGGGACAUUAACAACUAGUAGUUUGUAAAGAUCCCUGUGGACCACAUGGCCCUGAGGUUGGGGGGUGGGGGGCAGGAGGGGUGGGAGGACUGACUUCCCAGACCUGCUGAAAUCAUGGCCACCAGCGCGCUCUGUUCACAGCUACAGGAAGAUUUUUCUAGAGCUGGUCUUUAACUAUGAUGUGGGUGAUCUUUGGUGGGCCUUCAAGCUGAGAAGCAUCAGCUGGUGGAGCCUGGUGACAGUGUUCUACCCACUGGGGGCGGCUAUUAUGGUAUAGUACACUUUGUGCAGUUAAUUUGUGUCUAACUGCAUAGGGCAGCAUAGUUCCU